CGCUUUGAAUUUUCUUCGCCUUUGUCGCUAAUUGUAGAUCUACAGGAGACUUCCGACACUGAAGGACGUGUUUCAAACUUCCUGCAAGUUGCUCUCAAAAGCGCCUAUCGCCUCCUUCUGCGUCUCAUAAGGCAAGAAUCUCACUGUGAGCGACAAACCUUAAUGCCGACAACUGUCCAUUCAUUUCGCAUAAUUCCGCCCGAGGAGUCAGGCAACCGACCGAAUUUACAACUCCCAUCUGACGCCCCCUCGCGCAUUGCAAGACAGUCCUCCUAGGUCGAAUCGUAUGACAAUUGGGAAGCCUCGGAGCAAGGAAUAUUCCGCUCUUUCAGCAUAACCAGGUCUGGAGAGACCAACGCGCAACAGGUCUCCCAGCUAAUGCCAACUGGUGUCGCUCCUCAUGAGACGCAUUCCGAAGCGUGCCGCGGACAAGAGGCCUCUGAGCAAAGAAACGCCACAUCUUCUAGCAUAACCAUGCCUAGGGACCCAAACGGUCAACAGGCUUGCAGUCAAGUACGAACUACUGUCGUUCAUCGAGACAUAAAAUCAACCCUGAAUCACAAACAACAGGCGGCCGCUAUCCACAACGCCACCCAAGUUCCUAUUCAUCAACUACCUUAUGAGCUCCUCCUGAUGAUCUCUGUCUACCUGUCUCCCGUUGCCAACAUGGCGAUGCACCAAACGUGCCAAAGAAUGAUGGAUGUUUUCACGUUACUCCCUGGAACCUUCCCUCUCAACGAUUUCGACCCAGAGAGUUUGUGGCUGGAAAACACACAGAGUGCCCGUAUUUGGUGCAGCGUGUGCGAGAGGCGGCACGCAUUCAACCUCUUCUUCGCCUCGCAAAGAACACGUCCGCCCUUCGAACGCUGCUGCGUAAAAAUGGACGAAGCGGUCAGGAUUUGCGAACACCAAUGGUGUACUUUCUCCGAGAUCUCGGAGUCCAGGUAUGGUGAAGUUGUUGGUCCGAUCCGGUGCGAAGACGCUAGCCAUUGCUUCACACACUGGCCAGAUCAUUGGCGCCCAACCCUCACACUCGAUGGUCAAAAGGCCAAGAUCACGUCUUACAUCUCGAUCAUCACCCUUCCUAAGGGCGACGCCAUCUCCGACCACGACCUGAAGACGGCAUUGAAAACAUCCACCGAGCCAGUUUGUGUGCACUUGAGCCUUUACGACCCCGUUAUCUUCAACCUUGUCAGCAAGCUCAUUCACGCAAGACAUGCAGACCACCUCAAAUGGUAUCGUUCUGAAGAAACCCCUUGUGUCCAUGGCGGCUACGCUGAGAUUGCGGCAUGCAGUCAAUGGCACGUAUCGGAAGACGAAAGCGACUUCUUGGUAUCUCAAGGCGCAUGGAUCUCGGACUGGUGGGAAAUGGACUGCCGCAAACAACUUGCGAUAUUGCUGCAUGGUGGGGGCGAAGCCGAAUGGACUACCCAGUGGGGCUGCCCUUGUAACCUCAAGGUGUUUUUGCGUCGCCUGCCGGGCGCGGAUGUUGAGGAGGUCAUCAUGGAAGUUUGUAGGGAGUGGACGCGUACGAGCAUGGAUCAGGAUUGGUUGGAGACGAUUGGGUACGGCCCCGGGGGUCUUACGGAAAGACCACGGAGCGGAGUGGAUGGAAUUGCCCCCUUCCCGUUUUCAGCAGAGCCGUGGCAAGUCCGCUGGGCUCGGACUUCCUAGGAGCUGCGAGCGAUUAGAGCCACUGGUAUAGGGGUCUUAACAUGGAGAACAUCAAUAUCACAGUGCUCGGGCUCUGCUCUUGCUCGUGCGACGCUAUUGCAAGAGGUACCCUAGCUAGCAGGUAUUGGGGUAGUCAAAAUGUAACCAGAUUUUCAAUGCAUGAACCUUAACAUCGCGUUCCGAGUCUCAGAAAUCCAUUGAUGCCAAAUGGAUUAUGGAUGGAUUCAGGUUCCCAUCUUACUCAUAGGAUUGCUCCCUUCCCGUUUUCGGCAGAGGCGUGGCAAGUCUGCUGGAUGUGAGACUAGACUGAAUUAGAGUAGUGGUGGAAUACUGAAGCUUUCCAGUCCAUGAUUAUCAAACUGUAG